AUGAGUGUUUCAUCGGUUGUUCAUUCAGUGAUCAAACACUACCCGAAUGUAACACUCAUUGAUUGUGGUGUCGGACGGGAAUCACUACUAAUGACCGGUCAGUGCUUACACUCAUAUGAUUGGACCAAACAUAUUGAAAACGGUAGACAACUGGAAACGGCAGAAAUGCCAUGGAUUGUCUUUAUUAUAGUUAAACAAAAUGGCGGACAUUGUCGACUGCCGUUCAAAUCAAGUGAUCACCGCAUAUAUACCGGCAUUCAAGACAAAAGUCAUUUAACAGAUUAUUACACAAGUGAUGACUAUUUCAUUCCCAAUCAGUUUAGAAAAGCAAAACAAAGGGCAUAUGAUUUGGCACUCAUUAGACUCAGUAAACCAUUGAAUCUGAUGUCAAACACCAGAUAUAAGACAAUUAAUGGCAUUUGUUUGCCGAAAGAGGAUAUUAUUAACACAAACGAUGAGUUGGCACUGAUUGCCGGUUACGGGGCUAUCAAUGAUACGACAGAUCUUAAUGGUAGACCACAUAUGGGUUGGUUGAAGAUUAUGAAACCCGAGUUUGAUAGCAACGAUUCUAACGGAACUUUGAUUUUGGCUGAGCGAGCACCGGGAGGUUCACUGUCGUGCAAAGGUGAUUCCGGUGGACCACUACUCCAGUACAUCAAUGGUAGGGCUGUACUCAUUGGUGUCAUUCAAGGAGGCGUUUCAUCUAACUAUUGUCCAGAAAUUAAUUUUCCCGCAUAUUAUGUACGUCUAUCCAAACAUAUUGAAUGGAUUAAACAAAUUGUUGGUCAAUAA